AUGAGUCAAAAAGAUAGAGUUAUGAAAAUAGAUAUAAGCUUCAAACCAAAUAAAGAUAAUAUAAGUAUUGAUUCUCACGGAAGAAAGUUCUAUUAUUACAAAGAUGAAUCCUCUGGGAAUUAUGUUACAGUAGAAGAAUAUUCUGGACUAAAAAAUUUUCCGGGGUAUAUACAAGUUAAACAUCGUGCAGAGGCUAGGUACAAAAUUUCUGAGGUAAAAAACGAGGGAAAGAACACCGGAAUCUAUUGCGGUCACUUUGGAAGCGACUUUGUUUCGAUUUAUUAUUGGACUAGAGAUGAAGAUCGUAAAAAUCCUCUCCUCAUAGAGGUAGAUGGAAAGUCAGAAUACUAUACACCUUCAAAGGAGUAUGAUAAAUGGGAUUUCCAACGUCAUAUAACGUUGAAUGAGAUUCUAAAGAAACUUGAUAAACAGAACUGUAGUAGAAAUAAUGCUCACAUCAUUGAUAUUAACCGUAUCGAUGGUAAUUACAAUUGUCCAAGUUGUAAUAAAUGUCUGAUAGAACUGGAAAAAGUUAGUAAUUCCAACUACACCAUGUGUGAUCAUCAUACUAAAUAUUGGUAUGACAAAGUUGGAAGGAUUAAAGAAGGUUCUAUCAACUUUACCGGACUUGAAACAAUCAGUGAAUUUCGACGUGCAUGUGUAUAUCACUAUAAGAACAGGAUACCCUUGAUCUAUCUACAACUUGAAGAUGGAGAUUAUAAAGGUGGAUGGUUCACAAGAGAGAUGAUGUAUGGCUCAAAUUGGAUUCUAGCUAAUAAUGCACCACUUUCUGCAUAUGAAAAACAAGGAGUUACAAGUUUUUUAAAGGAAAUAAAUAAAGAAAACUAUAACAUUUUCCAGAUAAUAAAGCUACCCAUAGCGUGCGCUGUACUUGGAACUUUCAGCCUUUUUAGCACAUGUGAAGCAUACUGCAUAAUAUUUUCCCAGGAUAAAAGUUUAAUACUUAGGGGAAUACGAUUCCUAGCAAGUCUAAGAUCGUAA